CGGUAUGAUAAACCACCGCUACUGAUUACGGGGAAGAACGAACAAGUACAAGAACAAGAACAAGAUUGUCUCAUUCCUUUCUCCAAUGUUCGAACACUGAUCGUUUUCCGAUGGUUGAAAUCUACUGUCGCAUUUUUCCAAUUUAAAGGAAAUUUGAUUGAAUUACGCAGUCCUAUGUCAGAAGAAAGGGACCCCUCUGUGUUGAAAAACGAGAAGUUGUUCGAUCAUGCGCGCCCCACCUUCUCCCUUCAGUUCUUCUUCUUCCUCGUUUUCUGUGUCAUAUAAUAUUAAAAUUCGUACCUACUUUUCCCUCCUCUCUUGUUUGUCUAUUCAAUCUAUUGAAUAUAUAUAAAGCCCUAGAAAAACCUUCGCCACCUGCCACUGCCACCUACGUUUUUCAAUUCCACGUAUCACGAUAAUUUAUUCAUUGCAUUGUUCCACGGGCUAACUGGAACUCCGAUUAUUCCGCAUGAAUAAUCCGACCCACUUUUUGUAUUUUUCGAUUUUCUUGAAGAGCAGUCAUGUGGGCGUUCUCCGCCGUCUCGGUUGUUUAUAGAUGUGAUCGGUUCAACUAAUUUCCAUUUUUUAAUGAUUUGCGACGCCGUAGAAUUAGGAAGGUUAGCUUUGGUUUUACGACUCAUGGGAAGAAUUGAGAUGGAGAACAGCGGCGGAGGGGAUGAUCAGGGAUCAGGAUGGUUCGAGGUGAAAAAGAAGCAUAGGAGUAGCUCUAAGUUUUCCCUACAGAGUUGGGUUGGAGGAAUUUCAGGAAAAAAUUCAUCUAAUUCUUUGCGCAGUCUACAUUCGGUGAAUAAAAACGCCCGAAAUGACAGGUCCAAGUCCCAUUCUCCGGCAUCAGGAGGAAGCUAUGCUAUACGGACCCAGAGUAAUAAUGAGAAUUCUGUUACUACAUCAAUUGGAGACAACGAAGGUUCAAACUGCCCUGAAAAAUGCAUGAUCAAACAAGAUGCUGAAUACCCCAAGGCAUCCGUUUUGCACAUUAUGGAUUCUCAUGGUGGAAGUGGAGAUUGUGAGAAAGUCCCACGCAAUGAUAUGCCUGGAGCGGUUCAAAAGAUAAAAUGGGGUGAUAUAGAGGAUGAUAGUUUGGUAUUGAAUAACAGUGCUAAUGGAGUUGAAAUUAAGUUUGGUAAUAUUGGAGAGGUUGAUCUAGCUGUUUCUGCAAAGAAUGAGGUUAAGCAUGACUUGGUUUCACACGUCUCUUCUUCCCUAGAUACCCAAGUGAAAAAUUUGGUAGCACUAUCAGUCAGACAAGGGGAGGCCUCCCAUCAGGCACUUUUAUCAACUAAUGAGGAAAAAUUAUGGAGAGUUAGCCAUCAAGAUUCAAAUAAAAAAUUUAUUGAAGAUCUGGAAUUACCGAGUCAUGAUGAAGCAAUUGUCUGUACGGUUACUGAUGACUCAAAUUGCAAGGAUAUAGGUACUGAACACAACAAAAUUGUAAAUGAUCACAGUUCAAGUUUUAAUUCUCCCACUCGUGAAGAAGCUGGAAUUGAGCCAAAAGUCAAGAAGGCUGCUGAGUUACCUGAGGUAGAAAUUCUAGAGCUCCAUGAAGCAGCAGGUAAGAAUGGGUUUUCUAGCUCACCAUUGAUUGUUCAGGAUGUUGAGUUAGUUUCGACUGAAACUAGUGGACAUGAAAAUUCAGGGGGUUCCUGUGAUUUCGUUGAAGAUGCUCAAAUUGAACAUGGCAGUGGAACUCAUACUGAUAAGUUGAAUGUGCAAGUUGUGAGUGUCCCCAGYGAAGGCGAGACUGGUGAAAGUAAAGAAAGGUUUAGGCAGCGGCUCUGGUGCUUCCUAUUUGAGAAUCUUAAUCGUGCUGUAGAUGAACUUUAUCUCCUUUGUGAACUUGAAUGUGACUUGGAACAGAUGAAAGAAGCUAUUCUUGUUCUUGAAGAGGCUGCAUCUGAUUUUAAAGAACUAAAUGCUAGGGUGGAGGAGUUUGAAGAGGUAAAGAGGUUGUCUUCGCAGUCUGUUGAUGGGAUGCCAAUCACUAUGAAGAGUGACCAUUGUAGGCCACAUGCUCUCUCUUGGGAGGUUCGAAGAAUGACAAAUUCUCCUCAUAAAGCAGAGAUUUUAUCAUCAUCACUUGAGGCGUUUAAGAAAAUUCGGCAAGAAAGAGCCAGCAUGCUUGAAUCAAGCAAAAAACUCCCUGGGACUGAGUGUCUUAGUCCUCAGCGUAUGGAUCAAAUGAAGAAAACAUCUAUGAUAGAUAAUAUACUGUCCAAUGCUGACGAUUCAGCAUUAAAGACAACAGAAAAUAGAGGUGCAGAUCUCACUCCAGGGAGCCUUAGUGGAAAAGAAAAGAAUAUUGAGUCAAUUUGUACUGACAAGGUUAAUGCUGUCCAAAAUGGACGUUCCCGUCCACAGAAUUCCUUGUCUUCUAUAAAUUCAUCCAAGCCGCCUCUUGCUGUAAAAUUUAAGCGAGAGCAACUUGAAUUGGAUGUGGAAAGGUUACUUCCUAAAAAAGAAAGGGCUCUAGCAGAAGGCACGUGUGAGAAAAGACAAGCAAAUGUUCCUGAAAAAGAUAAGGAAAAGGAGAAGAGGAACUUGGCUGCUCGGAAGUCAAUGGAUGCAUGGAAAGAGAAGAGGAAUUGGGAAGACAUACUUUCAUCAUCUGUUCGUACAAGUUCCCGUGUUUCACAUUUGCCAGGUAUGAGCAGGAAAAGUGCUGAGCGCGUACGUGUGCUGCAUGAUAAGCUAAUGUCACCUGACAAGAAGAAGAAAACUUCUUUAGAUGUGAAAAGAGAAGCAGAAGAAAAGCAUGCUCGUGCGAUGAAAAUUAGAAGUGAAUUAGAAAAUGAAAGGGUUCAGAAGCUGCAGCGUACCUCGGAGAAAUUAAAUCGUGUUAAUGAAUGGCAGGCUGUACGCACUAUGAAAUUACGGGAGGGAAUGUAUGCUCGCCACCAGCGUAGUGAAUCUCGGCAUGAAGCUUUCCUAGCUCAAGUUGUGAAGAGAGCUGGCGAUGAAAGUAGUAAGGUUAAUGAAGUUCGUUUCAUCACCUCCUUAAAUGAAGAAAAUAAAAAGAUUAUGCUGCGGCAGAAGCUUCACGGUUCUGAAUUAAGGAGAGCUGAAAAGCUUCAGGUAAUGAAAAUUAAACAAAAAGAAGAUAUGGCUAGAGAAGAAGCAGUGUUAGAACGGAAGAAAUUGAUUGAAGCUGAAAAAUUGCAGCGCCUUGCUGAAACACAGAGGAAAAAGGAAGAGGCUCAUGUUCGAAGGGAAGAAGAGCGAAAAGCAUCAAGUGCAGCGAGGGAGGCGAGGUCCAUGGAACAGCUUCGCAGAAAAGAGGAAAGAGCAAGAGCCCAACAAGAAGAAGCUGAACUUAUGGCCCAGAAAUUGGCCGAGCGACUUAGUGAAAGUGAACAACGUCGAAAGUUUUAUUUGGAGCAAAUACGAGAGAGGGCUUCUAUGGAUUUUAGGGACCAAUCUUCACCCUUGCUGCGACGAUAUAUGCAUAAGGAUGCUCAGAGUAGAUUGACAUCAAAUAAUAAUUGUGACGAGCAGGGACCAAGUAGCUCUGACUUGGGUUCUGAUCUUGCAAUGGGUAAGACUACAAUGCAACAGCACAUGAAACGAAGGAUCAAAAGAAUCCGACAGAGGCUUAUGGCUCUAAAGUAUGAAUUUAUUGAGCCCAUUACUGGAGCUGAAAAUGUUGGAAUUGGAUAUAGAACAUCCAUAGGAACUGCAAGGGCAAAAAUAGGAAGAUGGCUUCAAGAACUUCAAAAACUUCGCCAGGCAAGAAAAGAAGGAGCUGCAAGUUUAGGGCUGAUAAUUGCUGAAAUGAUCAAGUACUUGGAUGGAAGGGAACUUGAGCUGCAAGCUUCUCGCCAAGCAGGCUUACUUGACUUUAUUGCUUCUGCUCUUCCUGCUUCUCACACAUCUAAACCAGAAGCCUGUCAAGUGAUGAUACACCUUCUAAAAUUGCUAAGGGUAGUAUUAUCAGCAUCUGCAAACAAAAGUUACUUUCUUGCGCAGAAUCUCUUGCCACCAAUCAUUCCAAUGCUAUCAACAGCCCUUGAGAAUUACAUUAAGAUUGCAGCUUCUGUUAAUGCGCCUGGUAAUGUGCUUCCAUCAAGCAAAACGUCUAUUGAAAAUUUUGAGUCAAGCUCUGAAGUACUGGAUGGAUCUUUGUGGACCAUCACAACAAUAAUUGGUCAUGUAAGCCCUGAAGGACCACAACUUCAAAUGUGGGAUGGUUUGUUAGAACUAUUGGUUGCCUACCAGGUUAUUCACCGGCUUCGCGAUCUUUUUGCGCUUUAUGAUAGACCUCAGGUGGAAGGGUCCCCAUUUCCUUCUUCCAUUCUCUUAAGCAUACGUCUUCUGGUGGUUUUAACAUCAAGACCGGGUACUGAAAGUACCAUUAAUUGUAUAUUACCAGCUAGUGAAGCAGUGGUAGGAGAUGAAAGUGGAAUUGCUAUUUCUGCUGAGUCUAGAGAUUUUCAUGGAACUGGUUUCACUGAAGAUAAUAGCCCUUCAGAAUUUGCUUUAAAUGGUUGUAAAAUUGUACAAAAACCAAAAAUUGCUAUAGAUAAAUUGGAUGGUGAAUCAUUUGAGCAAAAGAAAAACAAUGGGACGAUAUCCGGUGAUGGUGGUCAGAGGGAGCAGAUGGAUUCCUCAAUUGAGGCAAAUGGUGUUAGUCUCGUCCAGAAUGAACCACAAGAUAGUGAAGUUAUCUUGAAACCUUUUGUAUCCCAAGGGGAUCAGAGACAACCGGUGGAUCUUGUAUCUGACCGAAGGAUAAAAAAUAUUACAAAAUUGAAACCACCUAUAGCAUAUCUAUUGUCUGCUAUAUCUGAUACUGGUAUUGUUGGUCUCCUAUCUUUAUUAACCGCUGUAUUGCUGCAAGCAAACAAUAGAUUAUCAUCCGAACAGGCCUCAUACAUCCUUCCAUCUAAUUUUGAAGAUGUUGCUACUGGUGUGCUGAAGGUGUUGAACAAUCUGGCAUUUCUGGAUCUUAAAUUUGUGCAGCGAAUGCUAGCUAGGCCAGACCUGAAAAUGGAGUUUUUCCAUUUGAUGAGUUUCCUUCUCUCGCAUUGCUCAAGCAAGUGGACAGCUCCUAGUGAUCAGAUUGGUCUUCUUCUUCUCGAGUCUUUGUCUAUUCUUGGCCAUUUUGCUUUGUUCCAUCCUGAGAAUCAAGAAGUUCUUUGCUGGGGAAAGAGUCCUACCAUACUCCACAAGGUGUGUGACCUGCCAUUCGUGUUCUUCAGUGACCCCGAAUUGAUGCCGGUCUUGGCUAGCACACUGGUUGCUGCCUGUUAUGGGUAUGAGCAGAACAAGUCCGUUGUUCAGCAAGAACUAAGUAUAGACAUGCUACUCUCAUUAUUGAGAUCCUGCAAAAAUAAUCUGUCAGUAUCUGCUGUUCAAUCCAUUUCAACACUAGAGAACGAUGAAUCUGCUAAUGAAUGUAACCCGAACGGUACUGAGUUUAGAAAACCUCAAAUGGACAGUACCCUUAGAGCCAGCCGCAAUGUCAGCAGAACCACAAGGAUUUCUUUAGGAAGACCUGGAGGAGGUUCCUCAGGGAAUAGCAGUAGGAGUAAUAAAAUAAGAAGCCAGAGAGACAACAGAUCAGCUAAAGCAUCUGAUGAAAUAGUUUUGAAGAACAAUCAACCAGCUUUAGAAGUUGCAUCUGUGAUGUUGCAUUAUAGAAUUCCUAGCAGUUUCAUUGAGAGAGCAGAGCAGUUCUUUUCGGCUGGCACUCCCACUACUGUAGAUGAAUGAAAAGAGAAGCUUGAUGUGGGAUUCUCCGGCCGAGCUUUUUUGGUCAUGAUGUCAAGAAAUCAAGCACAGCUAACUGGUUACAAGAACUUUCAAGACUUACUAUGCCAACAAACUCAAAGGUUAUAGUCGUCAUCAAUACAAUGGAAUAAGUUUUCAGCUCUAUUAUACAGCAUGAAGGAAAGAAUGUGAUUGUAUUCUUUCAUUUAAUCUACUGACUACCAGAUGUAGGAAGGAACAAGUGUUUGUACAUAUGAAUUUUUAACAGGCGUGGGAACUAAUUACUGGAAGUGCCCAGAAUUUGAACCCAUCAAGCAAUUACAUUA